CUUAAAUUAACUUGUCUCCGCAGUAAUUUGCAACAUUUCCGAGUGACAGUCAUAAUUGUAAAGUCUGUUGAAUAUUUGUCUGAUUUUAAUUUCGAGAAUUGAUUUAAUGAGGAGGAAUUGGAAUACACCCAAUUCAUCAUGGAUGAAGAUGUAGAAAAAUCAUCAUAUCAGAGAAAAGUUAGAUUGCGACUUCAAGCUAUCGAAGGAGUGGAAAAUGCAAGAUUGUAUGAGCAACAACUUAAUUACAGUAAUAAAAGCACUUCCGAAGAAUCAGAAUAUGUUGAAGAUAAUUUCGAAAGCGCAACAAAUGAUGAAUAUGAUAAUCUAUUAUCUAUGGAUGAAGACGUAGAAGAAACAUCAUAUCAGAAAAGAGUCGGGCGCAAGUUAAAGAAGCAAGAGGAGAAGGAGCGAGUGGAAAGUUGCAGGCUUGAAGAUGUUAUUGAUAAUUAUAGUAUGGACCAAUCUGAAUACGAUCAAUUUACUGAAGAUGAAAAUGUAGAAUCGUCCUCUCAGAGAAAAGUUCGAUGCAAGGGAGAGAAAGCUGACCUAAAGGCAAAUCGUCAACUUCAAGGUGAAGAAAUGGAAAAUGAUAUAUUUUAUGAGCAACAAUUUCAACAUCCUUAUUCAGAAAAUUAUGAAAAUACUAUUGAAGAAUCACAAUUUGGCAGAAACGAAAUGCAAAAUGUACAAUAUAGUAAAAUGGAACAAUCUCAAUAUGAUGAAUAUGAAGUUGAUGAAUUCAAGAAAGAAAGAAAAGUCGGAAGCAAGAAAAAGAAUGAACAUUAUAAUAAUGUGACAGAAUUAUCAGACAAUACAGAAAACAUAUUUGAGAAAUCCGAAUAUAGUGAACAUAAUUUUGAAAAUAAAUUGGAAUAUGCUCAAGAAGAAACAUCAUAUCAGAGAAAAGCCAGGCGCAAGUUGAAAAAGCAAGAGGAACGAAUGAAAAUGUGCAGGUUUCAGGAAAUGGAGGAGCAACAACUUAGCGAAACGGGAGAAUCACAAUAUUAUAAUAUGGAGCAAUCGCAAAAUAAUGCGAUUCGAACCAUGCAACCAUCAAGAUAUGGCCAUUUUGAUAUCGAAGAAGAAGGCGAAGAAGGAAAAGAGGCACCAUACAAUAAAACACAUAAACGCAAGAAAAAAUCCAAGAAGAAAAAGAACUUCGAAGAAGGAUCAGAAUCAGACACUAUGAAAGAAGGUGAUCAAAUACAACCUAAAGCUUCUACGAAGCGCAAGAAAAAAUCGAAGAAAAAGAAACGAAAGCGAAAGGAAGAUUCAAGUGAUUGUAAUUAUGUUACGGAGGAAUCACAUAAUAAUGAAGAAACCAGAUUUGCUCAAUCUCAAUAUUGUGAUAUGGGUGAUGGUGAAAAUAAUGGAAUGGAAGAAUCGCGAAUUGGUGAAAUUUUUGAAAACUCACAAUGUCGUAAAAAAUCUCUAUGUUAUGAAUAUAAUAUAGAAAGAUUGUGCACUGAUGAUGAAAACAAGAAAGAAUCACAAUAUCACAAUAUGGAUCAAUCAGAAUAUGGCCAAGAAGAAACAUCGUAUGAGAGAAAAGUUAGACGCAAGUUGAAGAAGCAAGAAAAGAAGCGAAUGAAAAUAGUGGAGGAUGCGACAUUGUACGAGAAACAACAACAACAAUCGCAAUAUAAUGAAAACGUAGCACAAGAAUUACUAUACGGGCAAUACAACAUGGAACCAUCAAGAUAUGGCCAAUUUGAUAUCGCAGAAAAAGGCGAAAAAGGAAAAGAGCGACAUUGCCAUAAGAAGCAUAAACACAAGAAAAAAUCCAAGAAGAACAAGAAGAAAAAGAAGAACUUUGAAGAAGGAUCAGAAUAUAAUGAAGACACUAUGAAAGAAGGUGAACCAACAUAUCUAAUACAUUCCAAAAGUUCUACGGAGCGCCAGAAAAAAUCGAAGAAAAAGAAACGAAAGCUAAAGGAAGAUUCAAGUGAUUGUAAUUAUGUUGCGGAGGAAUCACAUAAUAAUGAAGAAACCAGUCAAUUUGACGAAGAAUCACAAUAUUGUGAUAUGGGGACCCAACAUUAUGAAAAUUAUGAAAAUGAAGAAUCGCAAAUCGGUGAAAAAUUUGAAGACUCACAAUAUAAUGAAAAUAUGGUAAUGCCACAAUAUUAUGAAAACUAUAGAGAAGAAUUAAUGUAUUGUAAAAAUAACAUGAGAGAAUGGCAAUAUAAUAUGAAUUAUAUGGAAUCUUCGCAAUCUGAAAAUCAUAAAAACGAAGUACAGCUUCCUAAUCCAGAUUUCGAACAAGACUCAGAUAAAACACUUGAAAACUCUCCACCUCAAAGAAAAUCCAGGCCCCACACGAAGCGCAAGGCAACUGCAAUAGAAGAGAAUCCUCCGAAAAUUCCCAGGACUUACAUCAAACGUCAGACAAAUACUAACAGCGACAAGACAGCAAUAUGGCAGUGUGAGAAAAGAGAAACCCUAGCUGAGAAAAUGGCAAGAUUUAACAUCCACGAUGAGCAAAGGCGACGUUUUCUAAGCCUUGACGAUGCUCCGAAGACAGAAUCAACAGGACAUGAAUUAUCAUCCGUUUCAGACGCUCCUGCAGAUAAUUAUAAUAAUUCAUCAUCUUUAUCAGAUGACGUUCCAAUUGACGAAGAUACUACAUUUGAGCCGGGACGAGUGGAGAGCGUGCAACAGUAUCUAGCCCCCCUUCCGUAUGAACGGACUGCACACCUCAGGUGUACACAUGAAAAAAUGAGACCAAGCUCCGAAGAGAUAUGGGAAAUGUUUAAGGAUUUUGAGGCAGGUGGCAAGGCCGUUUGGCCUGUCACCUGUCGCAUAGAAAAAGCUACUUCAACGGAUGACAUUGAGGAAGCAACGCCAAAACGAUUGCGUAGACGGAAAGCUGAAACAGUUCCCAGGAUUUCUGCAGAGAAGCAGUUGCAGGCGGCUGUGUUAUCGAUAAGUGGCGACUUUGAGGAUUGGAAAGUCUAUGUGCCAGACUCAUCGUCAGAUGAGGAAGAGAAAAUACCGAAUUCGAGAGAUGAUCAGCAAGCGGUUGAGCAAUCGGAUGAGAAAUCGAACGAGAAAGCCGAAGAGAAAACGGAUGAAAAACUUAAUGAGAAAUCAGAGAGGAAAACAGAUAAGAAAUCAGAUGAGAAACCGAAGCAGACACAGGACCAGACAUUGAAUCAGAUUUAUGACCAGGCCGAGCAACUAAAAGUCGAAACUUUUUAUCAAUCACUAGGAUUAAGUACCGCGCUAAUUUACAACUCAGAAUAUGUUCAAAUGCUGAAUAUGUGUGCAACAGAAAGUGGCAUAUCCGACGUAAGUGUGAGGCUCAAAGCAAAAGUCCGUAACAAGGUAAAGCAAGAAUUGCAGGAUGAAUCCAAAGAUGGUGUGAAACCCGUAUUGAGAGAGGCAUCGAUGACACCAACUCCAUUUGAAGAACUACCCAAAAUGUUGCGGACAGAAUGUAGCGUCAAUUUUGAGCGUCUUGAUACAUAUACCAGAAUCGAUCUGGAUCAUCAUAUAGAUCUAUGCAGUCUGACGGACAAAAAACUUCCCGAGCAGGUAGAGUACGACAAAUACAUUCAUGUGGUAAGGCUUUGGAUCAAGGAUAAUAAGAACGCUUGGUUCUGGGAGAAUGGCGCCUGCUUUAUCCCCAAUGCAAAUGAGCGUUUAGUGGACCAAAUCUUGGAGUUUGGGAAGUUCUUGGGCUGCAAAACCAAGCCGAGAAUACGCCAUUCCCACAUAGGUCGAGUUCUGCGAUUUCCUUGGCCGAUUGACGUGGACAAAUUCUGUAAAUAUUAUGGAUUGUCUGACCCCGUCUUGGAGAAUGACCGCAAGAUUGGCUAUUAUGUGCACAAGAAUCUGGAAGGUGUAUUUGCCAAAGUAUUCGCAAGUGGGCUGGUGGAGAUAUACGCCAUGAAUCCAGGCGAAUCAACUGAAAUGCUGGUGCUGUUAGACCUACUAACGAAUCCACGAUAUGCAGAUGAAGAGUGAAUAAUGAUGCAAAUGCAUCGUAACAAUUAAUAAUCUUAUUUCUAUAACUACCUUCUGAGAAUGAUUGAAAUUUAAAAAAUUUUAUUGAAAUUCAUUUGGCAAAAGUGUUUUGUUCUUCUGCUUGGGUAAGACAGAAUU